AUGACAUGGUUUUUCCAAAGUUCUGUAAAAAUUCUCUAUGACAGAUCAAAACCACCCUGCCGAAAUGUGUUCUCCAAUAUACCAUUGGCGGUUAAACCCCUGGUUGAGAAGAGAUUAGAGAAUUUGGUCUCGUCGAACAUUAUUGAACCAAUCGUGGACGGUAUGGACACUUCGUUCUGCUCGUCCAUGCUAGUAGUCCCAAAAGGGAAGGAUGACAUUCGUCUUGUCAUCGACCUCAGGGGACCCAAUCAAUACAUCCACCGCUCUCCGUUUGCGAUUCCCACUUUGGAGAAGAUACUCGCGGAGCUACAUGACGCGAAAUGGUUCUCGACAAUUGAUUUGUCAAAUGCUUUUUUCCAUAUGGAGCUUGAUGAGGAAUCUAGACAUCUCACUAACUUCUACACGGAAUUUGGUAUGUUCCGUUGUGUGAGAUUGCCAUUUGGGUUGUGCAACGCCCCUGAUCUGUUUCAAGAGGCUCUACAACGUAAGGUUCUGGCUGGCUGCAAAGGUUGCAGAAACUAUUUAGACGACAUUUUGGUCUUUGGGAGUACUAAAUCUGAACAUGAUGAAAAUUUGGCGAACGUACUCGCAUGUCUGAAGAACCACAAUGUGAAGCUUAACGAGAGUAAAUGUACAUUUGGAACACAAUGCGCAAAAUUCUUGGGAUUCACUCUGACACCUGAAGGAUGGCAAAUCAAUGAAGAAAAAGUUGCAGCAAUAAAAAACUUCCGCAGGCCUACUUCGUGCUCGGAGGUGAAAAGUUUCUUAGGAUUGAUUACCUUUAUCGAUAAAUUCGUACCGGACAGAGCAACAAAAACAGAAUAUCUCCGUGCGUUGGCCACAGCCGACAGUUUUUACUGGACAAAACAUGAGGAUGAUGAGUUCAACUAUCUCAAGGAGGAUGCACUCAAAGUAAUCGUACGGCUUGGAUAUUUCAACACGAAUGAUCGUACUGAACUAUUUGUGGAUGCAUCGCCGAUCGGACUUGGAGCGAUUUUGACUCAGUUCAAUGCAGAAGGAAUACCUAGAAUAAUCGCGUGUGCAUCUAAGGUAUUAUCGGCAGCUGAACAAAAAUAUCCACAGACGCAGAAAGAAGCGCUGGCUGUAGUGUGGGCAGUCGAAAAAUUCUCGUUCUAUUUGUUGGCUAAAACAUUCGUAAUUCGUACGGAUGCGGAAGCAAAUCAGUUCAUCUUCAACUCCAAUCACAGAUUAGGCCGAAGGGCUGUAUCUAGAGCAGAAAAUUGGGCAGAAAAUUGGGCAUUGCGGCUACAGCCGUAUGAUUUUUCAAUCGAGCGUGUUCCUGGUUGUAAUAACAUUGCAGACGUUCUAUCCAGACUGAUUCCAGCAUCACAGCAAGAUAAACCAUUCGAUGAAGACGAAGACAACCAUUAUUUGUAUGCAUUGGACCCUGGGUGCAUGCAAAUGACCUGGCAUGAAAUUGGGACAUCAUCAGAGGAAGACGACCAAAUACAGCAGCUGCGCGAAGCAAUAAAAACAAAAACAUGGCCACCAGAACUUCGGGGAUUUGAAGCACAAAGAAAAAACCUGUACACUCUAGGUUCAUUGGUUUUCAAGGAUGAUAAAACUAUUUUACCAUUAUCACUUCGAAUCAAAGCACUGCAAUUAGCUCAUGAAGGUCACGUAGGAGAAGUAGCGACAAAGCGCAUAAUGCGUCUAUUCUUUUGGUGGCCUCGUAUGUCGACGGAAGUGUCCCGAUUCGUAAAAUGCUGUGUAACUUGCGCCCAGUUAUCAAAACGGAAUCCACCAUUACCUCUUGUUAGUAGAACUCUACCGGAUGGGCCUUGGGAGGUAUUGCAAAUUGAUUUCCUCUCGGUCCCGAACUGUGGAUCAGGAGAGCUUCUUGUUGUUCUGGAUACUUACUCGCGGUAUCUUAGUGUAGUCGAAAUGAAGAGUUUGGACGCCAACAGCACUAAUAAGGCACUCUGUGAAGUUUUCCAAACAUGGGGAUGUCCAAAAACGCUGCAAAGCGACAAUGGACCUCCUUUUCAGAGUGCUGACUUCAUCAGCUUCUGGCAAGACAAAGGGGUUGAAACACGGAAGUCAAUACCUCUAAGCCCGCAAUCGAACGGUUCUGUCGAAAGACAGAACCAAGGUAUUAUAAAAGCGUUAGCGGCUUCCCGGCUUGACGGAGUGAACUGGCGUAUUGCUUUGCAGAAAUAUGUCCACCGACACAAUACCCUUGUUCCGCACUCCAGACUUGGUGUAACUCCUUUUGAAUUGAUGGUAGGAUGGCGGUACCGUGGAACAUUUCCUUGUUUGUGGUCACCAACUAAAAAUGAAGGAUUAUCUCAUGGCGAAUUGGAGGAGAUCGAUGCAGAAGCUAAGUUGACCAGCAAGAAAUACGCUGACACCGUUCGUGGAGCUAAACCUUCAAAUAUUCAAGUCGGUGACGUCGUUUUACUGGCAAAACCUAAAAAGAGCAAGAUUGAUCCUACGUUUUCGGCUGAGAGGUACACAGUAAUCGCCCGGGAAGGUUCAAAAGUGGUCGUCAUGAGCAAAGCAGGAAUACAAUAUGCUCGCAACAUGCAGGAAAUAAAAUUAGUUCCUGAAGCUUAUGCAUCCGGACACUCGACAAGUAACGAUGCUUCAUCAGGGCCAAAUGAUGAAGUUGACGACAUGAUGCCUGUUCCAUCUAACUUUGAACCAACGGUUAUUACCAAGGGACAUGCAGUUCUUCCAGAUGAUCUUGGUCGUUUUCCUGCUGAAGCGGUUUCAAGGAAUCUUCGGCAAAGAAAUAUCAUCAAACGCCCUGACCGGUUUAAUGAUCAGUUUGUGUAUCGGUUGUUCUGUUAA